CAUUACAGUUUCUUUCUAAAGUUGAAAUCACAAUUUGCAUGAUUUUCUACUGCCUGUGGACAUUCAAUGGCCCUAACCCACAAGUCCUAAGAUUAACACAGGUGUAUGUGAAGUGAAACAUUUUUAUUGAGAAACAGUGACACAAGUAAAUCCAAUCACAGGGUAAUGAUUCAUGAUGCUUCACAGUGUGUCAGCCCCCUCCUUCAGCCUCCCACACAGCCAUCAUCUACAGUUCAUUCAGAAAUUUUUCUCUAACCCUGUUCUCCCUGUCUCUCUCCCUACAGAGGGACUGUCCGGGUUCGCUGUCCGUGGUGCUGAAAAACCCAAACAACUGUCCGUGGUGCUGAAAAACCCAAACAACUGUCCGUGGUGCUGAAACACCAAAACCAAAUACCCUUCUGGUAUGACUUUUGUUCCACUUCUGUCUGUUAUUGGUUUUAGACUGUGUGCAGAAACGUGUGAUUAUCUAUCUAUCUAUCUAUCUAUCUAUCUAUCUAUCUAUCUAUCUAUCUAGGUUGAUUUUAGUACUGCAAUGUUUUAUAGGAUCACAUGGGUGGGGGUUAACUUCAAGUUGUUGCAACAUAGGGCUAUACUAAAGGCUGAAGUGAAAUUUCUGUGAAACGUUGCAAAAACACUGUGAGUGUCUUGAACGCAGCCCGCUCGGAGUACUACAGUAUAACCAAACUACAGUUACUUUCAUUUUUUCAUCCUCUUCUCCUCUCUCGUCUCGCGAUAGAGCGGCGGAGUGGUUUGACGGGCAGUCGAGGUUGCAGCAGGCAGAGGGAGACGGUGGAAGGUAAAGCAGGGAGGCAGCAUCAUGGCGGACAGAGACAGUGGCAGUGACCACGGAGGGCCCACCGCAGGCCCCGGCUCGCUGCCCCCGGGUGCGAUGGGCGCCAUGUCCCGGCUGCAGCACGACACCGAGGAACUCGCCUCCAAGCGCGUCGACAUCCAGAACAAGCGCUUCUACCUUGACGUGAAGCAGAAUGUUAAAGGCCGCUUCCUAAAGAUAGCCGAGGUCGGAGCUGGGGGAAACAAGAGCCGCCUCACUCUCUCUAUGUCGGUUGCCGUGGAGUUCCGCGAUUAUCUCGGGGACUUUAUCGAACAUUACGCCCAGCUGGGCCCGAGCAACCCGGACAUGGUGCAGGAUGAGCCCCGGCGGGCGCUCAAGAGCGAAUUCCUAGUGCGGGAGAAUCGGAAAUAUUACAUGGAUCUGAAAGAGAACCAGAGGGGGCGGUUCCUGAGGAUCCGACAGACCGUUAAUCGGGGGCCCGGAUUGGGAAGCGCGCAAGGCCAGACCAUCGCUCUGCCGGCGCAGGGUCUCAUCGAGUUCCGCGACGCUUUGGCCAAACUCAUCGACGACUACGGCGUGGACGAGGAGCCGGCAGAGCUCCCGGAGGGCACCUCGCUCACGGUCGACAACAAGCGCUUCUUCUUCGACGUGGGCUCCAAUAAGUACGGGGUCUUCAUGCGGGUCAGCGAGGUGAAGCCCACUUACCGAAACUCCAUUACGGUUCCGUGCAAAGUGUGGUCCAAAUUCGGCAACACCUUCUGUAAAUACGCGGAGGAGAUGAGGAAGAUCCAGGAGAGGAGUAGAGAGAAACGGGCCUCCGAACUGCUACCUGAGGGCCCGCACGGCGGAGAUGACGGCGACGAUGACUGACGCGGAUUUUUGGAGAGCAGAAAUGAAACAACCAAGACAAGACUGAACUCUGAGAGAAAACGAGACUUAACUGUAAAAUAGAAAGAUAAUUUCCAAGGGAAUCACCCCACACACACAACCUCCACAGACAUGGCAGCACCUCUGCUGUCUCCUCGCUCAUUUUACUGGAUGUCACCCCACUUACCACCCAUGUAACAGUAAGCCGCUGCUAUCAAGGAUUGAACUGUAAGAUAUGAACUGUUUCCUACUUGAUUUAAAUGACAAUGAACAGAGUGUUUAUAUCUCUAUCAAACGACAGAUUUUGCACACAUCAAAGCUAUUUCGAAAAAAAUGUUUAAAUGUUUUCAAACUGGUAAUAUACUAAGAUUUAAUCAAAAAUAAAAACCUGAGGUCUAUUAUAUAAAAUGACAGUCUUCAUGUAGAACGAAUAUUUGACAUCAGCACAAAGAGAAUAUAUUAUGGACUUUAUGAAACCAAAAUCUGAUACCAGAUGUAUAGUUUAUUAUAAAGGUACGCAGAAUAAAUAUGAAAGCGCUCUAAAAGUGUAUGAAUUGCAGAACGCAGCACUACAGGCCUGUAAACACCUGUCAGCAUGCGUGUAGGCUCAUGUUUCGAAAAGAAGUUUGGCAAAGUAGGCUAUAGUCUUUAAUUUGACCUAAAACGUAGUAGGCUAAUGAAAGCAUUUCUAUCAUGCCAUUAUGGAAAGGUUGAGACUCGAAAAUAAAUAAAAGCCUAUUUUGUGCGACUCAAACAAAUGGGAUAAAUCUAUCUCAAAGCUACUAUAUUGAAUAUCAACCCUCUUGCACCAUGUCCAUAUAAACUUAAAUGAAAAAAAAGUGCUAACUUAGAUGUACUAAUUAUGAUUUUGUGAAUCAGCUGUAAAAAAAAAAAAUCCUUAUUAAGAUACCCACGUUUUCUGUGGGUUAAUUUUCUUUGUUACUUUGUUGUUUUUUCCUCUGGGGGGGGGGGGGUGGGGGAUGCAAAAGGAUGAGGUCCACUUGUGGGAGCGCAAGGCGCAAAAAAAAUAAAACAAAAAAGACGCGCCAGCGCGCGGCGAGGCAACACAUCCUCUCUGACGUCAUUACAACCCGUGCCUUAUACACUCCACUCGUUUACGUGUUCUCACGUGGAUGGUCUGUGACCUCGACCGCUGUACGUUUUCAUUUACGAGUGCUGUUAUGUAGGCAGAAAUAUAUACUCAUCAGGACUGCUGGAUUCACACCCCUGCGGUGCAUGGAGCAUGGGUGGCAACACCAAAAGAAGGCUGAAUGGCUACUUGGAGCUGAGGGGCCAACUGUGAUAGUGGGCAGAAACUGGAGCGGGCCCUUCAGAAAGAUGAGGUGCUGCCGUGCUUACGAGUUGGAAACAGGGGAGGCCUCAGUGCCUCACGGCACCGUGGAGCCCAGAGUCCAUAGCAGCACCCCUGGCUGGGCGGCUUCUCACAGAGUAGAGAUGUGUCUCCCUAGAACAGGGAAACGAUCCAGGAUGUACCGCCUGUGGCAGCACUGGGUGUCAGCAUGGAGAUUCAUCUGGAGAUGUUACGGGUGGCUUUGCACACCAUAUGCACCAUGAU